AGUUCAUCGCGAGAUAUCAAAUAAAUCAGCGACAGCCCGAGCUAGACGAAAGGGCACUCGCGGAGUGAAUCAGCGAGAGGGAUCAAUGGCGUCGUUCUUGCAGUCAUUUCUGGAUCCAAGGAAGAACUGGUUGGCUGCUCAGCACAUGAAAUCCAUGUCCAAACGCCUUCGCAAAUACGGGCUCCGAUAUGAUGAUCUCUACGAUCCGUAUUACGAUCUUGAUGUGAAGGAGGCCCUGAAUCGGCUGCCUAGGGAGAUUGUUGACGCACGCAAUCAGCGUCUUAAGCGCGCUAUGGACCUUUCCAUGAAGCACGAGUACCUCCCCGAGAAUCUUCAGGCGAUGCAGACACCAUUCAGAAGCUACCUUCAAGAUAUGCUGGCCCUUGUGAAGAAGGAGAGAGCAGAGCGCGAGGAAUUGGGAGCUUUGCCUCUUUACCAAAGAACCAUUCCUUGAGAGCAUCAAAUUUUACUUAAAACUGCUUCGAUUGGAGUGGGAUCUUGUUUGAAUUUGUAUUGUUAGUUUUUUUCUUUUUCCCUUUCAAUUGGAAAAGAAAGAUGGACAACCUUGCCUUUUCCAAGUUCAUGAACCGUAUUUUUGAAAAGCAGGACCGUCGUCCUCAAACGCUAUCUAAUAAAUAUAUACAAAACCUUUCAUAUGUCA